AUGCCUCUGCCUACCCUAGGCCGGGUCCUCGCACGCGCGCCUGCCCGGGGGCGCGCCCUGCCUCGCUCCGGGGCCGUGCUCGUCGCGCCCACGACCUCCUGUGGCCGUGCCCGGAGUUCUGCCCGCCCACGCCCGCCGCGGCUCCCGCCCCGCCGUCCCGCCUCGUCUGCGCGCGCGCCCGCCGUGGCCGCGUUCGGCCACCGCCGACCCCGCGCUGCACCGCCACCGCCCUGCUGCUCCCUGCCGCAGCCACCUCCGCCGUCGCGGCCAUCCCCCCUCGCGCUCGCCUCUCCCUCGCCGCGCAUCGCUCGCGCGCGCGCGUACCGCGCCACUCUGGCCACUCCGGCCCCCUCCCGCACAUGCCCCGCUCGCCUCCCUGCUGGUCCCAGCCACCGCCGCGACCAGCGCAUCGGGGCCGCGCCCAUCUGGCUCGGCCACGGCCACUCCUCCUCCACGCGCGGCCGUGCCCGCCGCCGGCAGGCCGUCCUGGCCACUGGCCUCGCCCUGCAGCGCUCCCUGCGGGCGAGCGCCCGCUCCUGGCGCCCGGUAGCCCGACCCGCUAAGGCCCUGGCCCAAUGA